AUGCCUGACAGUAAACUGUAUGAUAUUCUUGGUGUUACACGUGGUGCAAGCGAUCAAGAAAUAAAAAAGGCAUAUCAUAAACUUGCUAAAACUCAUCACCCAGAUAAAAAUCCGGAAUCAGCUGAAAAAUUUAAGGAAAUUUCAUUUGCUUAUCAAGUUUUAACUGAUGAAAGUAAAAGACAAAUUUAUGAUAUGUAUGGUCUUGAAGGACUAAAAGAAGGUGGUGGCGGCGGUGGUGGUGGAGGCAGCAUGGCUGAUAUUCUUGGACAAUUUUUUGGUCAAAAUGAUCCAUUUGAAGGUUUUGGCGGAUUCGGUGGCCUUUUUGGUGGCCAAAUGGGUGGUGGCAGAGCUCGUAAUCGACGACGAAAAGGUGAUGAUGUAGCUCAUCCACUCAAAGUCACUCUUGAACAAUUAUACAAAGGUGAAACACGCACACUCGAAAUAUCUCGUAAAGUUAUUUGUAAAACUUGUAAUGGUAAUGGUGGACGCGAAGGUGCUAAACAAUCAUGUUCAACCUGCCGCGGUCAAGGUGUUCAGUUUAUAACACGACAAAUAGGUCCCGGUAUGAUUCAAAGAAUGCAACAAGUUUGCAAAGAAUGUAAUGGAGAAGGAGAAAUUAUCAACGAACGUGAUCGUUGUAAAACAUGUAAUGGAAAAAAAACAGUUGAUGAAAAGAAAAAACUUGAAAUUGUCAUAUCACCUGGUAGCAAACAUGAACAACAACUUCGUUUUCCAGGUGAGAGUGAUCAAGCACCAAAUACGGAACCUGGCGAUGUCAUUAUUGUCUUACAACAAGAACCACAUGAACUAUUUGAACGUAGUGGAGAUAAUCUUAUUAUGAAACACAAAAUAAAAUUACUUGAAUCAUUAUGUGGAUUUCAACUAGUUGUCACACACUUAGAUGGAAGACGAGUUGUUAUUCAACAUCCACCAAACGAUCCGAUUGCACCGGACACUUAUCGAUGUGUGAAAGGGCAAGGUAUGAUAAAUAUGAGAACGCAUGAUACUGGUGAUCUAAUUAUACAAUUUGAUGUCGAGUUUCCAUCAGAAAAAUCGCUUACUGAGACACAAUUAAAACAACUUGAAUCAAUUUUACCGAAACGACCGCAUGUCGAUAUUCCGCAAGGUGAACAUGUCGAAGAAGUAUCUAUGAUUGAUUUUCAUACAACUAAAUCUGCACACGAUAGUAAACAUGGUCAACGACGCGAAGCAUAUGAUGGUGGAGAUUCAGAUGAUGAAGGUGCACAUCAUGGCGUUCAGACAUGUAGAUCUCAAUAG